AUGUGGCAGGACGAUGAGGACAACAACCCAUAUGGCUCGUUCGACAACCAGAGCGCUGAACCGAGGAAUCCGGCUCUGAGUGCUUCUUAUUCAAAUCAGUCAUCUCCUCCUUCCUCACAUUCCUCUCCGGAUCAGCCGCCGCAGUUCUUGUCGCGGCCCGACAAUCUGAGCGACGAAGACGAAGACUAUGACAGGAGCCUGGAACCAGCCCCUACGCCUCCAAAGGGUGGCUAUGACAGCCGAGUCCAGCAGAUCCUAUAUGAGAACCCAGACUUGGAGAUCAUCAUAACCGAUGCAGGCAAGAGUUCGGAUGGCGGGUACAUUGUUUACAAGAUUCGGACCGGUGAUAUUGAGGUGACUAGACGGUAUUCUGAAUUCAGCUCCCUGCGAGCUGCCCUCGUCAACCUUCACCCCACUCUGGUCAUUCCACCUAUACCCGAGAAGCACACCAUGGCUGACUACGCUGCGAAACCUACCAAAGCGAAGGAAGACAUUGGGAUCAUUGAUCUGCGGAAGCGCAUGCUAGGUGUGUUCUUGAACCGUUGCCGUAGAAUGAAGGAUGUGGUCGAGGACGGUGUGUGGUGGCGGUUCUUGGAUCCUAAUUCCAGCUGGAACGAAGUUUUGCAUGCUCAUCCAAUCUCAUCUAUACCGAAAAACAACCUGAAAGCACCACCUCUGGACCCUGCGAACCCUAGUCCUGCCCACAACUGGUUACCAGUACCUUCUUCCUCCGCCAAAAUCAAAUCUGCCGGACUAACCUCAAGCACUGGGACACCGAUAUCUCCCCCAGAUCAAACGUACCCCUCAACUGCGUCACAUACGAUUCCUGGCCCACAGGUCUUUGGACGCUUCCCCGUGGCUACGGAUAAAUUGAGCGAAACAGACCUGGAUCCAUACUUUAUCAAUUUCGAGGCCUCUACCCGUGAGCUCGAACUGUUGCUGCAAGGGAGCAUCGAGAAGGUGAAUCGUCGAACACUUGAACAUCUAACCAAACUCUCAGCAGACCUCGCGGAGUUGGGUGCGCGCUACAAUGGCUUUUCCCUCUCGGAGCAAUCCCCGACUGUGGCGGCCGCAAUCGAGAGGAUAGGUCAGGCUGUCGACAGCACAUAUAUUUCCACGGAGGAGCUUGCGUUGGGCUUGGGGGCCACUUUUGCCGAGCCCAUGCGGGAGAGUGCACAAUUCGCCGGGGUCGUGCGCAAUGUAUUGAGGUACAGAGUCCUCAAGAGAGUGCAGCAAGACAUGACGAGGGAUGACCUGGAGAAGAAGCGCAGUCUUCUCGAUUCCCUGGAGCGCAGUGAAGCCGAAGCGAAAAGGAUCGAUGCUUAUCUUUCGGGUAGCACAACACUCUCAAGUCCGCCACGUCGAUCUGUCUCCAGUUCUUCUGCCCGAGGUCCCCUUGAGCGGCAGGGUGGAUCUGGAAGGGAAGGACACGAAGAAACCGAGUCUGUUGACUCCGACUUUCCACCCACUCAUGGUGAAACGCCCUCUUCACCCCCCUCAGCAGCGCAGGGCCAUCCAAAUCCACAACCAGACCCAACUUCGCCAAUGUCACAUAAGAAGUCCCCAAGUGGCAAUUUUGUGACCAACAAGAUCUUUGGCAGUUUCAGGCACGCGGUCAAUGGGUUUGUUGACGUUGAUCCUGAAAGGACGAGGCGUGAUCAGAUUGGGAAAACGAGGGAAAGCUUGACCCAGUUGGAGCAGGCACUUGAAGUGUCCGAAAAAGACGUUAAAGAUGCAACACAUGGCGUCAUGCGAGAUCUGAAAAGAUUCCAGAAGGAAAAGGAAGAUGACUUUCAGAGAUACAUGAUCGCCUAUGCCAGAUGUCAUAUCGAAUGGGCUCGGAAGAAUCUGGAGACUUGGUCUGAGGCGAGGGAUGAAGUUGACAAGAUCGUUGCGAGAUAA